AUGGAAAGAGCCAACAAGUCACUGGUGACAGAGUUCAUACUAGUGGGACUGUCCAAUUACCCCUGGGCACAGGCCAUGUUCUUCUGGUUGUUACUGCUUAUCUACCUUGUGACACUGCUGGGAAAUGGACUCAUCCUGGCCAUGAUUUGGGCUGACCCACAGCUACACACCCCCAUGUACUUCUUUCUCAGCAACCUCUCCUUCCUCGACAUCUGCUACUCCUCCAUCUCUGCCCCCCAGAUGCUGGCAAACUGCUUUAGAGACCGACCCACCAUCUCCUUUGCUAACUGCUACACCCAGAUGAUGGUCUCACUCUACCUGGGAGUGACAGAGUGCCUCCUGUUGGCUGUCAUGGCCUAUGACCGAUUUGUGGCUAUCUGUAAGCCCCUGCGCUACACUCUGAUCAUGAGCAGAAGAGUGUGUAUACAGAUGGUAGUAAGUGCGUGGACCAGUGCAUUUCUGCUGACAGUGAUUCCCACCUUUGCAUUUCCACUUCAGUUCUGUGGGCCCAAUAUCAUCAACCACUUCUCCUGUGAAGCUCUGGCUAUGCUGAAACUGGCCUGCUCUGACACCCACCUCAACCUCAUUGUGAUGUUCUCCAGUGGGGUCCUGACACUUCUCAUGCCUUUCACCUUCAUCCUUGUGACAUACAUCCGCAUUGGCAUGGUCAUGCUUCGCAUUCGCUCAGCCCAGGGCAGAAGCAGAGCUGUCUCCACCUGCAGUUCUCACAUGACUGUGGUCAGUAUAUUCUAUGGUACCGCCAUAUCCAUGUAUAUUCGCCCACAGGCCAAAUCUGCCUCUGACCAGGACAAGCUCAUCGCUGUGUUCUAUGGACUUGUCACCCCCAUGCUGAACCCCCUGAUUUACAGCUUGAGGAACAAGGAUGUGCAAAGGGCACUGAGAAAAAUGGCUGGCAAUAAAAUGCCUGUGUAA